AAAAUAAACAGCAUAACCAACUGCACGGCUUGAAAGUCGUUCGAGAUUUACGUGAACGUCGACGGGGAGUUAACAUUAUAUUGUUUGGAGGGAAAAAAGUUCUCCAAGGCCAUGGCAGCGUCUUCUUCGUCCUCCUCUGCGGGAGGUGUGAGUGGCAGCUCGGUGACAGGAUCUGGAUUCAGUGCUUCAGAGCUAAUCCCUCCACGAAAAGUCCUGUACACGUAUCCUAAAGGUGCAGGUGAAAUGAUGGAAGACGGCUCUGACAGAUUUUUAUGCGAGUCUGUAUUCAGCUACCAAGUUGCCUCCACACUUAAACAGGUCAAACAUGAUCAACAGGUGUCUAGAAUGGAGAAACUGGCAAGCUUGGUGGAGGAGCUGGAAGCAGAUGAGUGGCGGUACAAACCGAUUGAACAGCUAUUGGGAUUUACACAGUCUUAAAUAGAGAGAUCCUCAGGCCUUUCGUUAAUAAUUCAGCCAAAUUAAAGGAGAUAGUUUAUUUCAGUUCAUAAAUGAUAUUCCUUUUGUAUGGUUUCAUUAUAUAUUAUAAGUGUAAAAUAUCGAGAGUUACUGAAUGUGAGAUUUAUCACUUUGAUUAUUUUAUGCGUGGUUUUCUUUUCUUCAAAAAGAAAAAAAACUAUUGUGCUUGGCAUACUAUAAUAAACUACUGUCAACAAAAACCUCCUUGUUAUGUGCCUGAAUAAUAAAAACUGUUGUAAUCGGCGAAUAAAGGUGUUUUUCCAGUCCAAUCUGCUCUUAGCCUCAGUGAUUACAGAAAUAAUUAAUUUCGUAACGUCCCCUGAAGAGACAUUUUUGUUUCCACAUGCACUGUAACUCAUAAAUCUGGAAAUCUGCUCAGUCUCCUCAUCGCUGCUCACUCCAACUGCGCUUGGAGCAAAACAACGAGAGUGUGUAAAUAAAGCCAUACUUGGACAUUU